UCCACCCUCCUCAAGAAAGGACACCGGAAUAUUUGCCUGCUGAACGUCUUUUCCCAAAAUCGUCUCUUCUUAGCUACAUUUUCUUCCAUGAUGAGUUGGAUGAAGUGUUGUGUGUUCCCCCUGGUGCUGCUGUGCAUGUGGCAGCUGCAAGAAGGAGCACACGCCUGCACUUGUCCUCUCACGCAUCCACAGACCGCCUUUUGCCAGUCAGGUGUCGUAAUCAAGGCAAAGGUGGUUGCAAAAAAAAACGGCGUUGGUAAAUUUAACGACGUCAAGUAUGACAUCCAACACAUUGCGACAUUCAGAGGCCCUGAGAAGCUCUUUGGUACCAUCUACACUGCAUCCAACUCUGCAGCAUGUGGUGUGAGUCUGACCAAUGGUGUAGAAUAUUUGAUCACAGGUCGAAUGAGAUCUGACGGGUCUCUGUACAUCUCAUUGUGUGACUACAUUGUUCCCUGGAAAAGCAGCCACACGAUCCUGGUGGAGCGUUAUUCAAUGGGCUGUAAUUGCAAGAUCACUCGCUGUGACUCUGUCCCGUGUGGGAUCAGCGGCCCGACUGAGUGCUUGUGGACGGAAAAGCUGUUUGGUGAUUCAGGGCAGGACAAACAAUGUGCUUGCAUCAAGAGAAGUGAUGGUUCCUGUGCUUGGUACAAGGAUGCUGCCUCACCCAAGAAGGGUUAAUGAACAUUUAAGGAUGCUAAAAACUUCAAUGUAUAAUAUCUAUUAAAAUUGAACAUUUGAAUCAA